CCGUGUCGCGUUUGGCAGUUAGCCCUGGCUGUUUGCGUGUUUGGUUGAUGCGUGCUGCUGCGGUGGCUCCCCCUGUGUGUGUGUUCCCAUACAAGCAUUUCAGAGUGGAGGCGUCUCUCCCUCUCUCUCUCUCUCUCUCUCUGCUUUCGCUGGGACUGAGACUGGGGCUGUGGGAGAGGAGAAAGGGGAAGCGCCUGCCCCAAGCGCUGGGGCGGACAAAUCUGGUUAAUAAUCGUAUAUAUCAACCAGGUCCUAAGACGACGCUGCUGGAGAAGAGGAGGAGCAAAAGCAGAGGAUUCCUUCUGAUAAGAAAUCUGUCUCUUUUGCUGGGGAUGGCUGGAAUUUGAUCGAGGGAGAGGGGGAGAGAGAGAGAGAGAGAGAUUGAGAGAGAGAAAGGUUUUCGGCGCCUUCCCUGGCUGCUCGCUGAUCCGGGCCGUGAAGUUUUCACGUCCCAGCGUUGGAUUAUGCAUCGGGGGGCCUUUUGGAUGGAGCGUGGCUGGAAAGGUGGUUCCUUUUGUUGGUACCUUAUGGCCUGAGAGAGAGAGAGAGAGAGAGAGAGAGAGAGAGAGAGAGAGAGAGAGAGAGAAUCAUCUGGGUUUGUGGCCCAAGGGGCGGUUUGGUCGGAAAGGUGGCUUCCUGCUGGCCUCUCAUGGCGGUCUUGGACUGACGAGUGCGUCCCAGUGUGGAAUUGGCGAGCUGGUUUUCGGGUGCGGUGCCGUGGCAGAUGGGCUGGGCGUAUAAGGUGGGAAAGGGAGAGACACAGAGCAUGGAGAGGAGGGUUCCGGGCUUCCCUUUUUGGAUGCUUGGCUUGCUGCUAUGGGCAGGGCCGCUGGUGUCUGCAGCUACUCUUUCACCCUCUGGUAUAAACUAUGAAGUUGUUGCGUUGAUGGCCAUAAGAAUGGAACUAAACGACCCAUAUAAUGUUCUGGAGAAUUGGGAUAUCAACUCGGUAGAUCCAUGUAGCUGGAGGAUGGUUACCUGCUCUGCUGAUGGAUAUGUUUCUGCUAUAGGAAUGCCCAGCCAACGCUUAUCUGGGACUUUAUCGCCAGGGAUUGGAAAUCUUACGAAUCUGCAGUCCGUGCUUCUGCAGAAUAAUGCGAUUUCUGGACCUAUCCCUGCCGAUAUCGGCAAGUUGGAGAAGCUCCAGACACUGGACCUUUCCAACAAUCAGUUCGAUGGCGGAGUACCGAGUUCAUUAGGAGAGCUGAGCAAUCUGAAUUAUCUGCGACUGAACAACAACAGCUUAUCUGGACCUUGCCCUGAUUCAUUGUCCAACAUCAAAGGUCUCACUCUUCUGGACCUUUCAUAUAACAAUUUGAGUGGUUCCUUGCUCAAUAUAUCUGCAAGAACUUUCAAUAUUGUUGGAAAUCCUCUGAUAUGUGGGUCAAACGCCGGAAACAAUUGCUCUUCUUUGUCUCUGGACCCAAUUUCAUAUCCACCAGACGAUCUGAAGGGCAUCUUGGGUUUCUCAGCUCAGCCACACCCUCAAGUGACGAGAAACCAUCAUGUCGCUAUUGCAUCUGGUGCAAGUAUUGGUUCUGUUACUUUAAUAGUCAUUGCUGCUGGCUUGCUUCUUUGGUGGCGGCAUAGACACAAUCAACAGAUUUUCUUUGAUGUAAAUGAUCAAUAUGACCCGGAAAUAUGCUUGGGUCAUUUGAAACGUUAUUCCUUCAAGGAGCUUCGAGUGGCCACCAAUAAUUUCAGUGCAAAAAAUAUUUUAGGAAAAGGGGGUUAUGGUAUUGUGUACAAAGGAUGCUUGCGUGAUGGCACAAUUGUAGCUGUUAAAAGGUUGAAAGAUUCCAAUACCGUUGGUGGAGAAGUUCAGUUUCAGACUGAAGUUGAAAUGAUAAGCUUGGCAAUUCAUCGGAAUCUCCUUAGACUUUGGGGAUUCUGCACAACUGAGAAUGAGAGACUACUUGUCUACCCUUACAUGCCAAAUGGAAGUGUUGCUUCUCAAUUAAGAGAACAUAUUCGUGGUAGGCCAGCUUUAGACUGGUCAAGGCGAAAGAGGAUAGCUUUGGGGACAGCACGGGGGUUGUUGUAUUUGCAUGAGCAGUGUGACCCAAAAAUUAUUCAUCGUGAUGUUAAAGCUGCCAAUAUUCUUCUUGAUGAAGAAUUUGAAGCAGUCGUUGGGGAUUUUGGUUUGGCAAAGCUCUUGGAUCAUCAGGAAUCACAUGUUACAACGGCAGUGCGUGGGACAGUUGGGCAUAUAGCUCCAGAAUACUUGUCCACAGGUCAGUCAUCAGAGAAGACUGAUGUCUUUGGCUUUGGCAUCCUGCUACUUGAGCUGAUUACCGGUCAGAGGGCACUGGAUUUUGGCCGGCUAGCAAAUCAGAAGGGAGUAAUGCUUGAUUGGGUGAAGAGACUCCAUCAAGAGAACAAGCUGAGCAUGAUGGUGGAUAAGGACCUCAGAAACAACUAUGACAGGGUUGAGCUGGAGGAGAUGGUUCAGGUGGCUCUCCUCUGCACACAAUUCCAUCCAUCCCACCGGCCCAAGAUGUCAGAAGUGGUGAGAAUGCUGGAAGGUGAUGGCCUGGCAGAAAAAUGGGAGGCCUCACAGAAGGUUGACACACCAAAGUCUGGUUCCUCCGAGCAAGCACCUCCGAAACACUCGGACUAUGUAGAGGACUCUUCACUUGUGGUAGAAGCAAUUGAGCUUUCAGGUCCUAGGUGACUUCCCUAGAUAUAUAUAUAUAUACAUAUUCAAUUGUACAUGUCUUGAGUUUUGGACGCCUGGGGAUGAAGAAUGUUGUUUUUCUUUUAUCAUCGUGGUUUUUAUUUAUAGCAGUCGGGUUGCAUGUAUUAUUAAUUUGUACAAAAGGAAAGCGAGGUUGUGCAGGCGUAGCUAAACUCUUUCUGCUAGAGAUUUCCUUCUUCUUCUACCAUGUACGGGGGAGAUGCUGGUGGGUUUAUGGUCUCGCCUGAGUCUUAAUUGAGAAAGUAUGGAAAUUUAGAGA